UCGCUAUAAAAGACUCCGGAGCUACCAGGAAUUUGUCAGAGGAGUGACGAACCGUAACUUUUUUUUUCUUCCAAAAAUAGGAAAGAGGAUUAUAGAGGCGGCAGCCUUUGCCGUUUUCGUCUUCGCGCGGUGACACCCCUUAAACCUGAAGAUGAAGCCUAGCCUGCUAUUCCUGUGCUGUUUCCUUUUUGUCUCCACCUUUGGGGAGCCGAUAAGGACAAAAAAAGAAGCACCCUUAAGCCCACCCCCGAGCCAGUAUAGUCCACCAUCGACUUCUUAUGGUGCUCCAAGCGGAGGAAGUUCUUACAGUGCACCGUCUGACUCGUACGGUGCUCCUCCACCACCACCGUCUUCCUCUUAUGGCGCACCAUCCUCUUCCUAUGGUGCACCGUCGUCUUCCUACGGAGCCCCGACAGGAGGAGGCUCUCAUGGUGCCUCGUUAUCGUCUUACAGCGCUCCGUCCUCUUCCUACGGUGCACCAUCGUCGUCUUAUAGCGCUCCAUCCUCUUCCUAUGGUGCACCAUCAGCCCCGUCCUCUUCCUACGGUGCACCAUCAUCGUCUUACAGCGCUCCAUCCUCUUCCUACGGUGCACCAUCAGGCCCAUCGUCAUCCUACGGUGCUCCAUCCUCUUCCUAUGGUGCUCCGUCAGCUCCAUCGUCCUCCUACGGUGCCCCGUCAGGACCAUCGUCCAGUUAUGGUGCACCGUCCGGCCACGGAUCCUUCGAUCAAGGUUACAGCAGCGGAGGCGACGACCACCACGGUGGAUCCUUCGGCGGAGACCAUCACGGUGGAGGAGGAUUGUCCUCGUCGUACGGACCCCCGUCGCAAUCUUAUGGACCACCGGCGCAAUCGUACGGUCCACCAGCCCAGCCCCAAGGACGAUGGGAGAAGAAGCUGACUUGGAAAGCUGAAUGGAAACAGGUUUGGAAGAACGAGCAGAAGCUCAUCUGGAAGCAAGAAUGGAAGAAAGUCCAGGUGCCGGUGUGGAAGGAAAUCCAAGUGCCAGCCUGGAAGGAAGUGAAGGUGCCUGCUUGGAAGAAGGUUCAGAAACCUGUAUGGAAGGAGAUACAGGUGCCAGCGUGGAAAGAAGUUCAGGUGCCCGCUUGGAAGAAAGUCUGGAAGCCGGUAUGGAAAGAAGUGAAGGUCCCUAUAUGGAAAGAGAUCCAAGUGCCCGAUUGGAAGAAGAUUUGGGUGCCCGAAUGGGUGAAGAUCGGCAUUCCUGGCGAACAGUACGUUGGUAAGGAUCAUCAUGGCUGGCAGUACACUAGCCACGACUUAUGGAAGAAGAAGCUGAUCUGGAAGCCUGUUUGGAAGAAGAUCUGGAGGACAGAGAAGAAACAAGUUUGGGUCAGCGACAAGAAGCUCGAGUGGAAGGCGGAGUGGAAGCAGAUCUGGAAGACGGAGAAGAAACAGGUAUGGGUGACGGACAAGAAGCUCGUGUGGAAGGAGGAAUCCGUUCAAGUUUGGGUGCCCGAGAAGAAACAGAUCUGGGUCACGCAGAAGAAGCAGGUGUGGAAGGACGAGUGGAAGAGUAAGACGGUGCCCGUUUGGAAGGACGUCCAGGUUCCCGCGUGGAAGAAGGUGUGGAAGCCCGUCUGGGAGAAAGUUUGGGUGCCCGAACCCCACCACGACGAGCACCACGGGUACAAGUAAAAUUGUAUUCCAAAGAGAUUCGCUUCCUCGUUACGUCGCUACCGGGACGUUGUUAAGUUUUGUUUCUCCGCUAGUGUGGGAGGGUUCAGAGGUCGAGAGAGCCGCGCUCCUCUCGUCGGGAAACGAGGAUUCUCGGCGAAUUAACAAAAUUCGUGAUACCGCCACGAAACUGAUAUAAUACUUAAGAGUUCUGAUAACGGAAACGUCUCCACGUUAUCUCGUAGGGAAAAAGAAUGUAAUGACGCUGUUUGUCCGCAUCGCGGACAGAGCGAUCAUGACACGAUGUAAUUAUUUUGUUACUUGUAAAUAACGAUAGUGGUGUAAACGUAUCGAUAUUUUUGUACG